CCCGGAGAUCCCACACCACAUGCUAGUGCAAACAUAUCACACCAGAGCACACUGCCACAGGACCACACACAUCAAAGGGGGGAGAUGGCUCUCCAGACAGAGGAUGACGCGAGCAGCUGGACUGUUAAGCAGGUGGGCCAGUGGCUGGAAGCAGAGGGCUUCCCUGAUUAUGUGCCGUUGCUAUGUGACCAACACCGCCUGGACGGCCCGAGUCUGCUGAGCCUGAGGGAGACCGACCUGCGCACUCCUCCACUGCAGAUGACCGUGCUGGGGGACAUUAAGAGACUCAUGUUGGCCGUGAACAGGUUGCAGAGCAAGAAUCCUUCAGUUAUGCCUGAACCAGGGAUCACCCACUUGGAUGGAGCACCUGUAAUUGGAGCCACCAUGGAAUACAAUGGAAGACACCAACACAGGGGCGCAUGUGAGGACAAGGUGACGUCCAGACUACAGGGCCCCUGCCAGGCAAAUGGCCACCAUCACCACAAUGCAAGCCCGGAGCACUGGCAUCCCUACUCCAAUGGGAAAUGGAGGGAUGCACAGUUAGAUCCUGAGUACUGGAAGACGGCCUUCAGCGUUGUCUAUUUCGUGUUUGUUUGCGGUGCCUCCGCCUGUGUCAUGGUGAUUGUACAUGAGAGGGUACCUGAUAUGCGCACAUAUCCUCCCCUUCCUGAUAUUUUCCUGGACAGUGUGCCUAGAAUCCCAUGGGCCUUUGCCAUGGCUGAAGUAUGUGGACUAACCCUUGGAAUCAUGUGGAUCCUGGUGCUGCUAUUACAUAAACACAGGUCCAUUUUAUUCCGCCGUCUGUGCUCCCUGAUGGGCACAGUCUUUCUCCUGAGAUGCGUCACCAUGCUCAUUACAUCGCUCUCGGUGCCAGGAGUUCAUUUACAGUGUUCAGCAAAGGAGUAUCUGGACAACUGGGGAAAGAUUCAGAGAGCCCUGACUAUCUGGUCUGGCCUUGGAAUGACCCUGACUGGAGUGCACACCUGUGGAGAUUAUAUGUUCAGUGGGCACACAGUAGUCCUUACCAUGCUCAACUUCUUCAUCACAGAAUACACUCCUCGAGGCUGGUACUUUGUUCACACCGUGUCCUGGGUGUUGAAUCUGUUUGGGAUCUUCUUCAUCCUGGCCGCACACGAGCACUACUCCAUUGAUGUGUUUGUGGCCUUCUACCUGACCACGCGCCUGUUCCUCUACUACCACACACUCUCCAACACACGGGCCUACCAGAGGAGCCGCCGCGCACGCGUCUGGUUCCCCCUCUUCUCCUUCUUUGAGUGCAAUGUGGAUGGCCCAGUACCCAACAGGUACUGCUGGCCUUUCCCAAGACCACAUCUUCUGAAGAUAAUUAUCGGUUAAAAACAAAGGAACAAAGUAUGUUUCCAUUGUGGGUGGAUGACUGUCUAAAGGAUACUGCAUAGAUAAUGUUUUACCCCUCUAUAUUAUUUAACUCAUGGUAGUAAUACUAGUAUUUGAACCCUAUUCAUAACAAUGACAAAUCUUGAAUAUUAUUUAUUUAUGUUAUAUUUAUGGAUUCUGAGCCAAGGAGAUCUUAUGAAAUAUUAAGACUGUAAAGGGUAUUUUACUUUCACUUCAACAAAUGCACUUUAUGUAUUUUAAGACCAAAACACAAAUACAAGAACACAUGAAAUAAAAAGUUAUUGUUACUUUUUUUUCAGUCCCUUUGUCCUCCGCCACAAUAUCUGAUGAUUUCACAGAAAUGACAUGCUCAAAUUGCCAUGCAGCAUAUGGAUAUUGUUGGGCAGGUUUGUUCUUGGUGCCGGUUAGAAAGCAUGGGGUUAGUCUACAGCUCAGAGAGAGUAAGCUAGACAUUCAACAGCGGUGUCUCAAACAAAACAAGGGCAUUGGAUGAACCAAGAUAUUGAGAAGCCACCUAUGAUGUUUGCUCAUCUCCACAGAACUACAGUCAAUGGGUUAGUGAAGACGGAAGUUUUAAGCUAUGUAUGGGUCAUGGCUCUUUGAAGCGCAUUCUGUCUUGUUGUAAAACUAGCCUGACCCAAAAUCACAACACCUGGAGACAUAAUCAGGUUUUAAAAACACAGAGGUGCUGAGCGUUAACUAGAGGUUAACGGAAAGAUGGGGCAAAGCAUUGGAAACUCCUAGACAUUGUAAGGCAACUGCAAGUAUUGUUGUGACUGCUUUGAGACCAGACUGUUGCAAAUGCAAUUUUCACACAAUGUAUGGUCCAUCACAACCACAUUGUGUGGGGAGGAUGAGCUUGAUUUAUUUGUACAAUUGCUGUAGUUUUGUUGAUGGGUUUAAUAAGACAUCUUGUAAAAGGGGGGCCUUGGGAGAUUUUUUAUUUUUAAAGGCCAGUUAUUUCAUGGAUCCAGAUAUGCAUCCUGAUAAAGUUCCCUAGGCCUUU